GAGGCUCAGGCUCAGCCUUUAACACGGGAGGGUCAUUAGCUGGCUGCCCUGCCCCUGGGGAAAGGGGUCAUCAUUAGGCGUUCCUACCCCUUCCCCUCCUCCAGCUCUCUUGGGGCCCCACCUGACGUCAGCCUCCCCACCAGUGACGCUGGAUUGAGGGCGGGGUGGGGGGGCUGGGUUCUGGCUCCAAGACUGGAAUUGUUGGGGAGAUGCGAGGGGGUCCUGGAAGCCCAGGGUAUCUCCUUUAGUGAUCACGGUGGAAUAAGUAACUAAAGACUGGUGAAGCAGAGCUGCCUGUUCACAGAAGAAAGGAUACUCAUCCUUCCUGACCUGAUUUCCAGAGCCUACUCAGCCCCUCACUUCAAUUUCAGGGGAAGGCAGGAAGCUGGUAUAUACCUCCCACUGUGCAUCCAGGGUCAGUUGGCUUGGGAAGCUGAUGGGUGGAAAGGAGGCCUGUCUCACUGUCCCUUCCACCAUAUCCAUCUUUUCCUGGACUUUGGGCUACAAUUGCCUGCCUGUCAUUGAAUUAUUUAUAUUUCAAUUUCAGAGGCAGACUGAUGAGGGAAGGAAGGGAAAGAGGGGCAUGGUCAGCCAUUUCCCCUCACCAGGAUAGCCCCUUCUAUCCCUGGCUCCUCGUAAGGGGUGGAUCCGCUCUUCACCCCACCAAGUACAUGCAUUGGUUCUUAGGAGCCAGGGAGGGAACAGGGGGCUAGAGAGGCUAGAAGGGGGCACAGUGGUCAGAGAAACAGCUGCAGCCAGAGCUAAAUUUAGCUUCUGAUCUGGCUUUGAUGCAGAUUCAUUUUUGGCUAAGACGGUCCCCCCACCCCCCACCUCCCCUCUCUAUCCAGCUUCUCCCAGCCCUGAGAAGGGUCCAUGGAGCAGGAACUGAGACCAGGACUAUGACCCCCCAGGCUGUCCCCCCUCUUGAGGAAGAUUCUGUUCUUUCUCAAUCCUAGAGAGGAGGGUGACUGCCUCACAGCUGUCUCUGCCUGGGCAUAGUGCCUGCCUUGCUCCCAGGGUGCUGUGAGGGUCUGCAAGGGAGGGGGAAGCAGACAUGGUGCCCUCUUCCUCCUCUCAGUGCCAAGGAGUCACUAUUUUUAAUUUUAAGGCUUUAGUGUCUAAUAUUAGCUGAGAAGGGGUUAGCAAGAGGGAGGCCAGGAGGUGUCACCUACCGAAUGUCCCAGACCCAGUCAGGAGAGAGGUGGAAAAGCUGAGUGAGAAGGCUGGGAGGGGGAGCCCGUGUCCUGUCCUUACCUGGGGUCAUCGUCAGCUAUCCUGACACCAGCCAGUUUGGGCCAGUUGGAGAGGGAAGAGCCUUAAGUGACAGUGACAGCUGACUGGGACUGGGACAGUGCCAGACAGGGUUCUUUCCUCCACCCCACAGGGUCUUCUGGGGAUAGACCAGAGGAGGAGCCCUGCCCUCAUCAGAGGUGGGGGUAACUUGGCCUCCUCCCUCACGUCUCUCUGUCCUCCUUUCAGGGCCAGCAUAUGGGUGAGGGGGCACCCCCUGGGGCGUGAGCUGCCCCGCACAGGAUGCCCCGUGCCCCCCACUUCAUGCCCUUGCUGCUACUGCUGCUACUGUUCUCACUUCCUCAUACCCAGGCCGCCUUUCCCCAGGACCCCCUCCCUCUGCUGAUCUCUGACCUUCAAGGUGCUUCCCCAUUAUCCUGGUUCCAGGGCCUGGAUGAUGAUACUGUGGCUGCUGAACUUGGGCUGGACUUUCAGAAAUUCCUAAUCUUGAACCGGACUUUGCUGGUGGCUGCACGGGAUCACGUUUUCUCCUUUGAUCUUCAAGCACAAGAAGAAAGGGAGGGGCUGAUGCCCAAUAAGUACCUAACGUGGAGGAGCCAAGAUGUGGAGAACUGUGCUGUGAGGGGGAAGCUGACGGACGAGUGCUACAACUACAUUCGUGUUCUUGUUCCCUGGGACUCCCAGACGCUCCUUGCCUGUGGAACAAACUCAUUCAGCCCCGUGUGCCGCAGCUAUGGGAUAACUUCACUGCAGCAGGAGGGUGAGGAGCUGAGUGGGCAGGCUCGAUGCCCCUUUGACACCACCCAGUCCAAUGUGGCUGUCUUUGCAGAGGGCAGCCUGUACUCAGCCACAGCUGCGGAUUUCCAGGCCAGUGAUGCCGUGGUUUAUAGAAGCCUUGGUUCUCAGCCUCCACUCCGCUCCGCCAAGUACGACUCCAAGUGGCUCCGAGAGCCACACUUUGUCCAGGCCUUGGAGCAUGGAGACCACGUCUACUUCUUCUUCCGAGAGGUCUCUGUGGAGGAUGCCCGGCUGGGGAGGGUGCAGUUCUCCCGUGUAGCCCGUGUAUGUAAGCGUGACAUGGGUGGCUCACCUAGGGCCUUAGACCGUCAUUGGACAUCCUUCCUGAAGCUGCGGCUCAAUUGCUCUGUCCCUGGGGAUUCUACCUUCUAUUUUGAUGUCCUACAGGCCUUGACUGGGCCUGUGAACCUACAUGGCCGCUCUGCUCUCUUUGGGGUCUUCACCACCCAGACCAAUAGCAUCCCAGGCUCUGCAGUGUGCGCCUUCUACAUGGAUGAUAUUGAGCGUGGGUUUGAGGGCAAGUUCAAGGAGCAGAGGAGUCCAGAUGGGGCCUGGACCCCUGUGUCUGAGGACAGGGUCCCCUCACCCAGGCCAGGGUCCUGUGCAGGAGUAGGUGGAGCUGCCUCGUUCUCCUCAUCUCGAGACCUCCCUGAUGAUGUCCUGACCUUCAUCAAAGCUCACCCACUGCUAGACCCCGCUGUACCACCUGCUACCCAUCAGCCACUGCUCACCCUUACUAGCAGGGCCCUGCUGACUCAGGUAGCUGUGGAUGGGACGGCUGGUCCCUAUGGUAACACCACAGUCCUGUUCCUUGGCUCCAAUGAUGGGACAGUGCUGAAGGUGCUGCCUGCAGGUGGGCGAUCCAGGAGACCUGAGCCCAUCCUGUUGGAAGAGAUCAAUGCCUACAGCCCCUCCCGGUGCAGUGGGAAGCGGGCAGAUCAUACAGCACGACGGGUCAUGGGGCUGGAGCUGGACACUGAAGGUCAUAGGCUCUUUGUGGCUUUUUCUGGCUGCAUCAUCUACCUCCCUCUCAGUCGCUGUAGCCGGCAUGGGGCCUGUCGGAGGAGUUGCCUGGCUUCUCAGGACCCAUACUGUGCAUGGCAUAGCUCCAGAGGCUGUAUGGAUAUCAGGGGACCUGGUGGGACUGAUGUGGAUCAGGCUGGGGACUGGGAAUCCAUGGAGGAUGGUGACUGCCAAGAUGGAGCUACUGGGAGUCAGUCUGGCCCAGGGGAUUCCACUUAUGUGCUUCUGGGUCCUGGCCCUUCCCCUGAGACCCCCAGCCCCCCCAGUGAUGCCCACCCCUGGCCCCAGUCUUCCACUCUUGGAGCUCAAACUCAGGGCGUGCGCCGGGACCUCCCCCCAGCCUCGGCCUCCCGCGCUGUCCCAAUCCCUCUCCUCCUGGCCAGUGUGGCCGCAGCCUUCGCCCUGGGCGCCUCCAUCUCUGGCCUUCUGGUAUCCUGCGCCUGUCGCCGCACUCACCGACAUCGGAGUAAGGACGUCGAGACUCCCGGGCUUCCGCGCCCUCUCUCCCUCCGCAGCUUAGCUCGGCUGCAUGGUGGGGGCCCAGACCCCCCACCACCGUCCAAGGACGGAGACGCCGAACAGACACCCCAGCUCUACACCACUUUUCUGCCUCCCCACGAGGGCGUGCCCCCGCCGGAGCUGGCCUGCCUGCCCACUCCGGAGUCCACGCCGGAGCUGCCGGUCAAGCACCUCUGCGCCGCCGGGGGCCCCUGGGAGUGGAACCAGAAUGGCAACAACGCCAAGGAGGGCCUGGGCCGUGCGCGGGGCGGGAACCCGACGGGCGGCCCCGCGCCGCGCGUGCUGGUGAGGCCGCCGCCCCCCGACUGCCCAGGGCAGGCCGUGGAAGUCACUACCCUGGAGGAACUGUUGCGCUACCUUCACGGCCCACAGCUUCCCCGGAAGGGGGCCGAGCCCCAGCCCCCGGCCCCUUUUACCUCGCGGGCGCUUCCACCAGAGCCUGCUCCCACCCCUACUCUCUUUGCUGACUCCUGCCCCCUCCCCCGAGAAUGUGCCCCGCCCCUGAGGCUGGACGUGCCCCCCGAGGGGAAGUGCCCGGCACCCACCACCCGGCCUGUGCUCUCAGCACCUGCUCCCCGGCUAGGAGUCGGGGGAACGCGCAGGUUGCCCUUCUCCCCUCACCGUGCACCCCCUGCUCUGCUCACUCGAGUCCCUUCGGGGGGUCCCUCCAGGUACUCUGGAGGUCCCGGGAGGCACCUCCUGUACCUGGGCCGGCCCGAGGGAUAUCGGGGCCGCGCCCUGAAGAGGGUGGACGUCGAGAAGCCCCACUUAGCCCCGAAGCCUCUCUUUGUCGGGCACUCCUCCCAGCUAUUUUAACUUUUAAAGGAUGCCGCUCCACGGCCUUAAAUUGGGCCCCCGAGGGGCUCCGUGCCCUCAAAGGUCGUAUGUGUGGACGCUUCUCAAAGGACAAACCAUCUCCCUCCCCCCUUGUUCCACACCUCCAGCCUUCCUGGACUCUGGGUCUCCCGGGGUCCCCUCGCCGCCUCCGGUUUAUUUAUUGACUGUUGUCUGUCUUUCCCUGUCCUCGAGAGAGGACUGGGAGGUGAAAAGCCCGUCCCCUCAGUGAGCCAACUUUUGGGGGGAACUGGCAAACUCCCACUUCCCCCUCCCUUCCAGCCGAGCUGCCUUAAUUCGCCCCUCCGGGCAUCCUCCAUAAACUGGGCCCCGGGCGGGCCGCACGGCGGAAGGACGGGGCGGGGACUACGCACGUAGUGUACGGAGUUCUCGGCCUCCAGGGACGUCCCUCCUCCUACUGUGUAGGAGCCUCCGCUUCCAAUACAGCUGUGUCCCCGA